AUGUUGCUGCUGGUAGUGCUUGUGGCCACAGCCUCCUGGUCUUAUGGAUUUGCACAGGAAAUUCCCAUGCAGAGUCCUAUAUCCAUCAUCAAGUUCCAAAAAAGUGCACGGAUGACAUGUGAAAUUCAAACAUUAGAGGCAAAUUUUGAUGGCAUCGUCAUACACUGGUAUAAGCAGAAGGAAGGUGAAGCUCCAGAGAGGCUUUUGUUUGUUUCAGGAGGCAAAGUUACCAUUGAAAGUGGCUUUCAAGAAAAUAGAUACAUGGCUGAAAGAAGUUCUAUCCAGAAGCGGUGUGUUCUUACAAUAAAAGAUGUAAUUCCAGAUGAUGCUGCUACUUACUACUGUGCCUACACUGUGAUUGGUUAUUACAACAAGGUGUUUGGCUCAGGUACAAAACUCAUUGUCUCAGAAAAAGGAAGUUCUCCUCCAGCAAACUCUGAAAUCCUGAAGAAAAAACAUGAAAAUCAGAUAGUGUAUGUUUGCCUUAUUGAGAAAUUCUACCCAGAAGUUCUUAGGGUGACAUGGACUAAAGAUGGAAAGGAGGUAACAGACAACGUAGUAAGAGGUGACACUUGGCAGUCCACAAAAGAGGAUGAAUACUCAAUUGCCAGUUGGUUAACUGUGCCAGCAGAGAGUGAAGGCAAGAAUUACUACUGCAAAUAUGAGUAUGAAGAGAAGAAUAUUUUACUGGCAACACAAGAUUUUGUGAAGACUGGUCCUCAGGAAGAGGACUGCAGAACAGUUUUUAAUAGAGAUCAGUUAAUGCACAGGACAGCAUAUUUAGUAUAUAUCAUCCUUCUUCUGAAGAGCUCCAUGUACAAUAUUAUCAUACUCUUCUUCAUCUAUAGAAUGUGGGCUUUAACCAAACACCAAGGAAAGAAAGCAUAA